AUGAAGAUACAGUGUGAUUUACACAAACAGGACAACAAUAUGCGAAAUGCGAAAUUGCAUAACACUACUCGAGAUACUUACAGUUAUACUGAGUCAAGUCAAGAGUCAAGUCAAGAGUCAAGUCAAGAGUCAAGUCAAGAGUCAAGUCAAGAGUCAAGUCAAGUCAAGAGUCAAGUCAAGAGUCAAGUCAAGAGUCAAGUCAAGAGUCAAGUCAAGAGUCAAGUCAAGAGUCAAGUCAAGAGUCAAGUCAAGAGUCAAGUCAAGAGUCAAGUCAAGAGUCAAGUCAAGAGUCAAGUCAAGAGUCAAGUCAAGAGUCAAGUCAAGAGUCAAGUCAAGAGUCAAGUCAAGAGUCAAGUCAAGAGUCAAGUCAAGAGUCAAGUCAAGAGUCAAGUCAAGAGUCAAGUCAAGAGUCAAGUCAAGAGUCAAGUCAAGAGUCAAGUCAAGAGUCAAGUCAAGAGUCAAGUCAAGAGUCAAAAUUUUUUCUCAGUUAUGGAGGUUGAACACCAUCAUAGCCGUUCUAACAUUCGAAGUUAUUGCUCUAAAGAGUUGUUUUGA